AUGGCUUCACUUGCUCGUGUUGGUAUCAUCAAACUUGGAUACAAUAACCUUGCUAGGCAAUUAUGUAAGGUAACAGUUACCAGCAAUAUGAUGCAAUUGGCCUUCAUUACACAAAAAGCGAAACGAAUGAAUCGCCGACGGCUCCCACCGUUUGAUUAUCUGCGUAAGAAAUAUGGAUUUUGGUCGCAGUUGUUUGAUCCGAUGGUUGAUCGUUGCGAUGAGAAUUCCAAGGUGAUCGUCGUCGAGGGUCCGAUCGCUGCAGGAAAAUCUAAGGUGGCCGCGAAGUUGGCAGAGGAAUUUGAGAUGGUUUAUCUACCACCGCCGACCUUCGAUGAGUAUUAUAUAAAUGAGUAUGGAUAUGAUAUACGUACACUGGACGACAGAUUGUCUGUGGGCUCACAAUCGUGUGACGUGCAGAAAUUUCUGACAAAUCCGUAUCAUAUCAAUGUGCCCAUGUUUCAAUUUCAUUAUUUUCAAUUUAAAUUUGAUCAGUACAUCACUGCUCUACUCCAUUUGCUUUCGACUGGCCAAGGAGUGGUACUCAACCGUUCUUUCUAUACUGAUUAUGUUUUCGCGAAAGCGAUGACAAACGCUGGUUACAUGCGUUCAGAGAUAUUAAAAUUUUACAACGAUAUCGUAAAUAUCGCCAAGUUACAGAUGUUGAGGCCUCAUUUAAUCAUUUAUUUGGACUUAUCUGUGGAUAUAGUUAUGGAAAAAAUAAAAAAACGUGGUAUACCGUACGAAAUAAAUUCGAAAGUUCUUACUUCAGAGUAUCUCCAAGAUAUUGAAAAUAUAUACAAAUUGGAUUAUUUGAAAAAUAUUAUAUCACAUUCUCAUGUGCUAGUCUAUGACUGGACAAACGAGGGAGAUAUUUCUUCCAUAGUCGAGGAUAUUGAAAUGCUUAAUUUUGAUUACGAGGAUAAAACAGCUAAAAAAAUGUCUGAUUGGAGAUUUGAAAACGUUCAGGAACUUCGAACUAAAAGGAAACAUUAUGAAAAUAGAUAUUUCUUACAUACAGAUUAUUGGAGAAAUGAAUAUUCACUACCAGAAUUGCAUUAUACAGCUGAAGAAAUGAAAGAAAAGUAUGAAGCAAUGAAAAUGGUACCCGGAUAUAUGUACACUAAAGGAUAUAAUUACAAAUUGGGAGAUAAAAAUAUUUUGUGGAAAAAGGAUCCUAUUUUUUAUUUAACAACUCUAAGACCUACUGCACGCGAUAUAGAUGUAGUAAUUAAAGAAAUGAAGAAACUCAAGAUCGCGUCGUUGCAGUGAGAGCUAAAAAGUGAUAUAUCUAGGAAAGAAAUAGAGCUUGUAAAUAACAAUCCAAUAAAAAAAUUGCGUCAAAUAGGGCUAGCAGUUCUUAAUGAAUUCACGAUUGCUAAAUCCACAUCCGCCAGCGAAAGAUGCUCAUUACGUCAGAUUUUUUAGAUAAAUUAAGUAAUAUGAGUAAAAAACAACGUUUUUUUAUUAUAUUUACCAUUUUUUUGUGUCCAAACGAAAUUUUAUUUUUCAAUUUUAUUAGCAUCACUCUAAAGAGCGAAUCUUCAUUUUUAAAACGAAUUUUUAUUUUUUACUGUGCGAUUUUUUUUUUCAUCGAAUUAUGAACGUUUUCAUUAAAUUAUUUAAGCAUUAAAAAUCUAGCUUCGAACGUUAUAAGGCUUGAAUAUUCUUACUUAGUAUUUAUUUUUCAAUUUCAUUAACGCCACUUUAAAGAGCGAAUCUUCACCUUUAAAAAAAAUUUUGAUUUUUUACUAUGUGAUUUUUUUUUCAUUGAGUUAUGAACGUUUUCUGAAAUGUAAAAUGAUGGCUCCAAAUCAGCGAAUUAAAUCUGGAAAGUAGACAAAUUUGUAUCAAAAAAAUACCUUAAACUUUCCUUAGAAGUCGCUGAUACAGAAAAACUUAAAAUACAGAAAUUUAAAAUGGCAGAUCCAUUAUGGAGAAUCAAAAUGCGAAAAAUAACAUUCGAUUUGCCAUAUUAGAUCCGCCAUUUUGAAUUUUUGUAUUUAAAAUUUUUCAGAUUCGAUGAUCUCUAGAAAGCCUAAGAUACUUUUUUUUAUUUAAGCAUUAAAGAUCUAGCUUCGAUCGUUAUAGAUUUGAAUAUUUUUAUUUAAUAUUUAUUUAAUUACAUUACACGGUCUUAAUAAAAUCACUUAUUAUUGAAAAAUAAAAUUUCAUUGAUCCACAAAAAAAUAUGGCGAAAAUAUAGUGGUUUUUGGCUUAUAUUACUCGAUUUAUCUCAAAAAUCUAAUGCGAUGGACAUCUUUCGCUGACCGAUUUGGAUUCAGCGACCUUGAAUCUAUUAAGAAAUGUAGUUAUGGUCGCCAUAGAAAAAAAAGGUCAAAUUUUAUCGAACAGUGUAAUAAUUAAAGUAAAAAUAAAUUUUACUUCCAUCCUUGGG